CCUCUCCUAUACUAAUAAGUACUAUGGGAUAAUAACAAAGUUAAUACAGGUCCAUGGACUCCAGAACCAGAAUGAAUCCAGACCGUUGAAAUAUCAUCUAACGGCAAAGAUUCUAUCUGGUUCACGUACACCCAGACCCAAAUCAUCCCACGAAGCUGAAUCAUUGUCUUCCUCAGGCAUAAAAAGGGCACAGCACAUUGCCUGCUGGAGCUCAAUCGAUCGAUCUUCCAUUUCCAUGGCGUCUGUCUGCAUCUCCCGCUGCGUCGACGACGCCCGAGUGCCCGUCCGUGCCACCUACGUCAACCUCUACAAGUGGCCGGAGUCCGACUUCGAGUUCGUCCGCUCCAUGAGCAGGUCGUCUAAGGACGGCGGCGCCGGCGCCGGAGAUAGAAUCUACGGCCACCCGAGGGUCGUCGACAGCUUCUCGUGCCGGCAGCUUUACCUCAGGAGCUACACCUUCUCCAGGGAAGACGAUCACGCCGCCGCCGCUGCCGCCGCCUCCGACCACCGGAAGAAACCCGCCGUCAAUUGUCUCGGCCUGCCGGCGAAGGAUGGAAAAAGGAAGCAGAAGAAGAGGAAGUCGAGAGACGACGGAGAUCGGGAUCGGAAGAAACGCGCCGCCUCCUGCUCCUUCCUCGCCUCAGUUUUCCGGCGACUCCUGGCCUGCACCACCAAGAUUGACGUCGUCAAUUAAUUAACGGCGAUUUUUAUUUUUUUUACAAAAAAUAUAAAUAUAAAUUUUUAAUUUAAUUUUUUGUUUUCCUUUUUCAGAUAUAUAAUUAAUAAUUAUAUAUAUAUAUAUAUAUACUUAUGUAUAAAAUAGCCGUGUGUGUCCGAUUUGUAUACACUGAUUUUGAGAUUAUCGUGUUACAUAUA